AUGUGGCGACGCCGCAUCACAAUCGAUGACAGGGCCAUUACUGAUGGUUCGGGCAUCACGCUCAAGCAGUCCCUUUUCCCUAAUUUUCUCGUAACCAUUCUUUUCUUCCUCUGGGGCUUUGCUUACGGCCUCCUUGAUACCCUCAACUCCCACUUCCAAGAUGAACUCAAUAUCACGGCAAGCAUGUCAUCAGGCCUAUCCGCCGCGUACUUUGGCGCAUACUUUCUCUGUCCCUUGACAGUCUCGGGAUGGAUUCUCCGCCGAUUCGGUUUCCGCGUCACAUUUAUGACUGGCCUAUGCGUAAUGACAAUCGGAUGCCUCCUCUUCUGGCCCAGCGGCGUCAAAGCUUCCUUCGGUGGUUUCUGCGGCAGCAUGUUCGUCGUCGGCGCCGGCCUCUCGACCCUCGAAACCGGAGCCGACAAUUUCCUUGCCAUCUGUGGCCCCCCUCGAUACUCCGAGAUUCGACUGAACCUAGCGCAGGGUAUCCAAGGCGUGGGAACAUUCGUGGCGCCGCUUCUCGCCUCACGCGUCUUCUUCGCCAACACCGUCGAUACACAACAGGGACUGAAGAACGUCCAAUGGGUGUACCUAGGUGUCGCAUGCUUCGUGGCCCUGCUUGUGCCGCUCUUCUAUAUCGCGCCUAUGCCGGAGGUUACUGAUGCGGAUAUGGGUCUGCAGGAGCGGGAUAUCUCCGAGACCGAUGUUGGGCCGUUUAGGAAACAGUACAAUUUGUUCCUUGGCGUGUGGAGUGAGUUCUGCUAUACCGGGGCGCAGGUGGCUGUUGCGAACUACUUUAUCAAUUUCGCCGAGGAGGCGGGAUAUAGUGCUGCCAAGUCAUCCGACCUUCUCGCCGUCGGCCAAGGCCUAUACACCUUCAUGCGCUUCGUCUCCAGCGGCCUCAUCACUGUCGGGGUAAAACCCCGCUACAUCCUCGCCACAUACCUAGGACUGUGCUUCAUAUUCGGUGUCGCUGCAACCACCACAUCUGGUCCUACCAGCGUGGCUAUGUUGAUUCUCGUGCUUUGUUUUGAAAGUGCCUGCUUCGCCACAAUCUUCACCCUCGCUCUACGCGGUCUAGGCCAACACACCAAGCGCGGCGGCAGUAUGCUAGUAGCCGCUAUCUCUGGUGGUGCUGCCAUCCCGCCCAUGACUGGAGCUGUGGCCACCCAUACGGGCAACUUUCACAAAGCCAUGGCGAUCCCGACGGCCUUCUAUGUCCUCGCAUGGAUAUUCCCCAUCUAUGCAAAUACGGUGAGUCGGAAGCUGUUGGAUGGACAUCGGACAACGGAUGUGAAUGUUUCGGGGGAGAAGAAGGUGGUUGAUGGGCAUGAUGGGGUGGAGGUGGAGUUGCGGACGGAAGACGGAAAGGGUGGGACGGAGAGGGUGGAGAAUGUUGGUGCUGCGUAG